UUCCAGCUCCAGAAUGUUGACAAUUGCUCUUCUUGCCCUCCUUUGUGCAUCCGCCUCUGCCAAUGCCAUUCAGGCUAGGUCCUCCUCCUCCUAUAAUGGAGAGUAUGGAGGCGGUGGCGGAGAACGAUUCUCUCAUUCUGGCAACCAGAUGGACGGCCCCAUCACUGCCAUCCGUGUCCGAGUCAACAGAUACUACAUCGUAGGUCUCCAGGUGCGCUAUGGCAAGGUGUGGAGUAACUAUGUGGGUGGCAGCCAGGGAGACCUGGAGGAGAUCUUCCUGCAUCCUGGGGAAUCAGUGAUCCAGGUGUCUGGCAAGUACAAGUACUACCUGAGGAAGCUGGUCUUCGUGACUGACAAGGGCCGCUACCUGCCUUUUGGGAAAGACACAGGCACAAGUUUCAAUGCUGUCCCCUUGUACCCCAACACCGUGCUUCGAUUCAUCAGUGGCCGAGCUGGCUCCCUUAUAAAUGCCAUUGGUCUGCACUGGGACACCUACCCCAGUGAUUGCAGCAGCUGCUGAGCCCCAGCCUCCUCCUAGGCAGAGGCAAUGCCGUGGGGGGUGUGAGAACCACCUCACACUGACACCAUCCACAGCGCUCAAUUAAAAAAAUAAAAGGA